AUGACGUGGAAUUCAAGUUGUAGUAUUGCAUCCGAUGAUGAAAAUUCGAGACACAGUUUCUUGUCCGAUUGUGGUUCUGAAUUUGACUUACGACCACCACCUCGAUAUCCAGCUGAAAAACGAUCAUAUUCACCAUUAAAAAAACAAUCAAUCAAUAGAAUGGAACCACCAAUGACAAGAUCAAGAGCAAAAGCUAUUGGAAAGUUAAUAAUUACAUCAGAGCCAUUACCUAAACAACAACGGCGUCAAUCAACAUUACGACGUAGUAUUGAUGCAUUUACUGGAAUGACUACAACAUUAACGAAUAGUUUAAAUAACACUUCAAUUUUAUUUGCAAAACAAGAACCAACAACAUCGUCUAAUGAUAGAGCACCGAAUUUUCCAUCGGAUGGUGUUAAUAUAUUAGCUGAUAGAUUCGAAAGUUGUAGUUUAGAUGAAGGAAAAUUAAACAAAAAUUGUGUAUGGCCAAGUCGUGAGACUAAUAGUCAUUAUACGCGUCCAACAACUUCAUCACGUCAAACGAAUAUAUUUGGUAUGAAUCUAUUUUCAACAUUAAAUAAUUCCACUUUAUUUGCUCAAUCUUCAACAACACCGACUCUAUUCGGUCAACAUCAAGCUCAAUUAUGGUCACGUUUUCGUUUUGCUGCUUCAACUCUUCGUAAUAAUUUAUGGCUUGAACAAACCGAUUCAACUUUACAACAAGUUCCAUCAAAUAUAUUCUCAACUAAUUUUAAUAAUAAUAAUUCAUUUAAUUUUAAUAAUCAAUCGUCAAUGUUAUUAUCUCCACAAACCGUACCGACUACACUUAUGAAUCUACAAAAUAAAACAUCAUCCUCAUUGAUUGAAGAACCAUUGUCAUCUUCAAUUUUUAGACAACGUAAAAUUCCAUCAACAACUGAUUCUAUACUCACAAAAGAAAAUUUUAUUGUUCAACAAUCAUCAAUAUCAAAAAUUUUCUUUACAUUAACAAUUUUUGCCAUUGGUCUUGUGCUUGGUUAUUUAUUAACAAAUACAUUACCACCUCGUCUUGUUUGGGAAAUAUGUAUUAAAUAUUUCCAUAUUUUAUGUGUUUAUCUUCAAAAUAUAAUGAAAUACUUUGGAUCUUUUCGAUUAGCUUAA